UCCGAUUAUUGUGUCAUUUUAAAUCUAACCCGUCGAGCUUCAACGAAUUUCAAUAGAGAUUUUGUACCUCAAUAUUCCUACUCAGGCGACCUCAUAUAGGCAUAUAUAGAACCAUAUAUCUCGCUAGUACUUAUCUAUAUUCGGCCCAAUCUACGGAAAGCACAGACAUCAUCAAUAGUUACAUUGACAAUAUAACCGAUUUGUUGUUCUAGAGAGCCUCGCUGUUCAAACAUAAUACCUAUAACAGCUUUUAAAAUAGUCUAUUGUAGUUAAAUCCUUUGAAGCGGCAGCCAUGUUGGAAUUUGUGCGUCCUUGGUAACCUGUGGUUGGGCUAUAGAUAGCGGACAGGUGUCAGUGUUACGGAGUAACAGGAGGGGGUACCAUGGUACACCGACUGGAGCUAUAACAUUACAUGAAGAUGAAUGGAGUUUCAGAUGACGGUUCGGAAUGUCACUUCCGGUACCGUCAUCUUGAUGACGUCAUUGAGAGUGACCAGACGCACCAGAAGCGGGCGACAUUAGAGGCACCACUCCGGUACAAACAUCUCGCAGGGGAGGAGAGGACGACGGUGGAAAAGUUAUUGAUGGGUGGUCUCCCCCUGGCAGACGUCCCCGAACCCUCUCCGAAAAUUGUCAGACUCUACGUCAGUUCCGCCGGAUAUGAUACGGAGGCUGAGAGGACGGCGUUCAUGUUACAUGUGUAUCCGGACAUGCGCGAAUAUUGUAGGGACCAGCAUGGCAUUGACUUUCAGGCUGUUGACCUUAAGUGGGGCGCUAAGACAGAAGGCGUUGUUCCCAUGCCAACUGAACAGAUGUGUCUCCGUGAAAUUCGUCGAUGCCGUGAAUUAUCCAUGGGACCAGUCUUUCUGGGUUUGCUUGGACAAAAGCACAGACGUUACAUUCCUCCCGAUGAGAUACCUGGGUCAGAGUUCGAAAGAAUUUACGAGGCUUUGGUCAAUAAUGGCCAUGACGUCACUCCGUUGGAGACGUACUACAAAGAGGACACAAACGUCACGCCAAUAUUACGUCGUUUGACAGAGCCCAUUGACAUGAUGGGUUGUGUCAUCCAAUCAAACAGCGACACCUUGGCCAAGUUACAACAUCUGCUAGCAACAGGAGCCGAUCUAUGUCUAAAGGAAACAUCCAUAAAUGAGACCGAUUACCAGAAAUACCAGGCUUCAGACUUGCACAUGGAAGGACUCUACGAGCUUUCACCAGAAUCCAGAGCAGAUAAAAGUUUAAUUUAUAUUCGAGAAUUCACAAAUACGGACAAGCUUCAGAGCGACAGUGUCAAAAGCGAUUACAUUGAUUUCAAUCCGAUAAACCAGAACGUUGAUAAUACCAGUGUUCAAGAACUGGAUGACCUCAAAUCCACGCUAAAAUUUCUUCUUCCUACUUCGAAUAUUGAUGAGUCAGAAACUGAAUGGACUGGGAAUGGCUUGAAAAAUCCGAAACGAGAAGAAUAUCUCAAAGCUUUAGCUCGAAAAAUGUUCAAUUCCGUGAAAACUCUAGUCGACAGGGCCGUAGAGAAACGGAACCCUUUGGUAGAAGACGAACUUUACAACGAAGUAUUACAACAUCAUAAUAUUGCAACGAAACUGUGUCCAAACUUUCACGGCCGUUCAGACAUUCUUGCUGCCGUUAAAGAGUAUCUUCUUUCAGAAACAGACCAGCCUUUAGUUAUCUGUGGCGGGGCCGGGAGUGGAAAGUCAUCAGUCAUGGCAAAAAUAGCUUUAGACAUUAACGUGGCAAUACAGAACAACGAUCUAGCAAUGAGAACUUCAAUUGUCUGUAGGUUUUUAGGGAAAACACAGAAAUCACUUUCAGCUCAGCAAUUGUUAUAUUCGGUGUGUCACCAACUUGCUUUUGCAAUGGGGAAAUACCGUCACGAGGUUCCUAGUGAUUACAAGACAUUAAAGCUCUACUUCAUUGACCUGCUUCAACGUGGCGAGUUUGGGGGCAUGAUCAUCAUUCUUUUGGAUUCACUUAACGUGUUGUCUACAUGUGACAAUGGACACAAACUGGAAUGGUUGCCGUCUCGUAUAGCGGCCAAUAUCAAAAUCGUUGUCACCUCAAGCACGGAAAGUAAGGAUACUUUACAACGACUGACGAACAAAUGUCCCACAAAUAUCCAUGAAUUAAGUCCGUUCAGUUCUACGGAUUGUGAGGACAUGGUGAAAUUAUUGAUGAACAAUCGUGAACUGGCUGUGACGUACAACCAGUGGAAAACGAUCAAAGACGCAUUUAAGAUGUCUACACAACCCCUGUACGUCACAUUAGUCUUCAGUGAAGUGUGUCGAUGGAGGUCAUUCGAUGACUCAAAUACGACAUCAUUGGGGUCGUGUGUCGAAGAGAUUGUUAACUCCGUGUUGGAUCGUCUGGAGCAGAAACAUGGUAGAGCUCUGGUAUCGACUGUACUAGGAUAUAUUACUGCAUCGAAAGCCGGACUCAGCGAGAACGAACUAUUCGACAUACUUUCCGUCGAUGAUGUGCUCUUGAACAAUCUAUAUGUCGAAUGGCACCCGCCACUUAGACGAUUCCUGCCGAGACUAUUCACUGCCAUCAAACACGAACUAGAUGAUUACAUUGAGGAGAGAGAAAUGGACGGCAUUUUUGUGAUGUUUUGGAAAUGCCGCUUGUUUUCAUCUGUCGCAGAAUGCCGCUAUCUCGGAGACGAGACAUUCUCACAGCAGAUUCACACAAACAUUGCCGAUUACUACUUAGGAAAGUGGAGUGGGGCGAGAAAAAAACCGUUUCAGUAUCCGUCGCUGCUCAUGACGAAACGAAAGAUUGUAAACGCCGAGAGCGAAGCCUGUCGAUUACUUCCAAAACAACCCUAUUUAUUUGGGACGUCAAUUGUGGACGAACGAUACAAUCUCCGUAAGAUGACACAGCUGCCAUACAGUCUAAUGAUGAGUGAACGAUACGACGACCUUCGUGAAAAAGCAUUAUGCAAUUUUGAUCAUCUAUACUAUCGCAUAAAGUCGUCUUCUUUGCAGCAACUGUUGACCGAUAUCGACAUGUUUGAGGACAGACAAACAGCUUUGGUUGGCGACGCUCUCAGAAUGUCGGGCUCGGCUCUUGAGAUGGAUUUAAACACGCUAGGUGUUGAGCUUACUGGACGACUGAUUCCACAUAUCAAGACCUACCCUAACAUCAAACAGUUAAUACGUCAGUGCGAUCUUGCUGAACAGAAGUUCUGUCCGUUAGUGCCAAAAUGCCAGAUAUAUAGCGCCCCUGGUGGCCCGCUACAGUACGAAUGUGACGUCGGCGGUAAUGUGUACUGUCCAGUAGAUAUUGACGUAUUCUCAAGUGAAGAUGGCAUUUUGCUUACAGCGAAACCUUACUACAGCUCAAGAGUUCGAGUAUGGGAAUUAUCGCGAGGCGAUCCACGACCUGACAUGAUGAUGCCAGUCGGGGAAAUUCAUCCAACAAGAAACGGCAAAUAUUUAAAUGUUUUCCAAAAUGAUCGCUCGGUUAAAAUUUUCAAGUCAGACUGUGGCGAAUUGCACGGAGAAGUUGAAUAUGGGCUAGGCACGAUGUCUGACCUGGAAGUAUCAAACAAGUACCUAGUAUUUGCAAUAGAAAAAGGAGCUGGGCCAUAUGUUAUAGAUCUCCAACGAUGUGCCCUUCUGCACAAGUUCAGCUUUCACACUCACGCGGUCGCAAUCAAUCCGAACGAUACUCAUUUAACCUUCAACUCUGGAAGGACGCUCAUACUGUACGAGUUACCGCUAAUGGAGAGAAAGUGCGUUGCUCAAACAAGUGACGUUCCACAGGAUAUCAUCUUUAUCAGCAAGUCUUUGACAUGUUUUGUACUCACAAGGAGUAAGAUGGUUGAAUCAGUUUUCUUUGACAUUUUCAAUAGGAAAUACAAUACUAACUGUAUCCUCACUGACCUCGAGACGAAGGAGUGUGUCUUAUCACACACUGAGAAAUACUUACUGGUGAGAUCUGCAAAAUGUUUGUACCAAGUCGAUGUCGACACGGAGAAGAUUAUCAGGCAGUAUCAACAACUUCCUAACGGGAUAUUUGUAGAUCCCUCAUCACAAUACACUGGUGCUGGGUUUACACCAGAGGAUGAACUGAUCGUGGCGUCACGUUACACGUAUCUAGCAGUUUGGAGCGCACAAAAUGGCGAACCACUUCGAGUUCUGCAUGCAUCCGUAUCUUCGAUUACAAAGAUGUUCACAUCCGAGGCGGUCAAUAAGUGCGUCAGCCUUUUGGAGGACAAUUCCUUCCAGGUUUGGAAUCUAGAUAAUUUAGAUUCAGACAUUUUCCACUCCAACGAGAUCUUUCCAGGUCCCGUCAAAGGUUUGUCAGUCUCAUCUGAAUGUGGACAGGUAGUCGCCUUCGAAAGCAGAGUUCCGGAGGCGAAAGUGAUGACCAUGGACGACGGUCGAGUAACAGAUAUCAUCCAACACAGCCUUGAGUCGGAAGACCAGAUUAAAGAGGUAUCCUUCUCUCAAAACGGUCGGUACAUACUUACCCGUGCAUAUCGAACGUCAGAUCAAGAUGAAGAUGAUGCAGAAUGGAAGAUUUUAAGAGAUGAUAUUAUCUGGGACAUGUCAGCCAACAGGAAGGUUUAUCAGCUACAGAAUAACAGAUUCGUUGUUUUCAGCAAGAACAGUGAGCUAUGUCUGAUGGUCGCUUGCCAGAAACACUCACAAUUCGACUGGGCAGAAAACGCGUACAACCUUAUCCUUCUUCAACCGGACUCGGGAAGCAGCGCAUCUCUUGAUUUUCCCAAGAACACAGAGUUUGUCUCCACUCCAAAAAUUCUAACAACGGACACGACAAAUUAUUUUAUGUGUGUCGUGCAGACAUGUAUGAAGAAAGAGAGCUCAGAAUCAUUUAUGGAGUCCAUCCGCUGGCAUGAGAUACGUCUUCUCGUCCGAGAUCUCUCACAAGCUGGGAAUGAAUGUAUAUUUCUGAGAGUUCAAAAUGCUUUACCAGAAGCAGAUGAAACCUCGCAGUUCCUCGACGCGUUUCCUGUUGAGAACGACAACGUGUUCCUCAUCUAUGGAAACAAUGUGGAGAGCUAUACGUUCGAUGCUGCGUCAGGAAUUAUAAGACCACAGAAUAUUGAAAAAGGUGCAUUACUAUACAACGUCGAGAAAGAGGUCUGUCUCAAACAUAUCUCAUCCUUCUUGGAACCAAGCACAGACAUUAACAACAUUCAAUUUUCUUCUAGGUUCAGCGUUGUCCUCGAUAGCAAGACGAACAUCUACAGUGGGUGUAAUUAUACAACAAGAUGUAGAUCAGAAACGGAGUUUGCGCCUGGCACUGCAUGUUUGGCAUUGGACGGAAGGUAUGUUGUAGGACUUUCAUGCAAUCUACGAGAAGUCCUUGUGACACGUUCAAAUGACGGGUUUUUGAAGGGUCAUAUGUUCGUGCAUGGCCGGGCAACGUGUUUAAAUGUGGGUGCUGAUGACAGAACAGUUGCUGUUGGGUGUGAAGACGGACGGGUUUUAAUCCUAAGCCUGAUCUUGGAACUUUCUGACCCAGUCAGAGAUAUCAUUGAACACUUUCCUAGUCGGUUACAUGUACCUGAUUCAAGCAGAUCUAGUAAGGAACAUCUCAUCAAAGAGGAUAUCCGGCGAAUGUCGUGUAAGACUCCGGACCUAGUUAGACUGUCAGCGCGGAUACAGAGCGCCAGGGCAGAAAGCAGGCGUCCUCCCUCGCGCCAGAUGAUAUCCACUGCAGUAAGAGUAACGAGGCAAACUAGUCAAGUCAGGUCCGAAGCUUGUGUAAUUCAGUAGAUAAACCGCCUAAUAACUGUUGUACACAAUUAUUAUUUAUCAAAUAUUUUAUUGCCGUGUUUUUGUCCUUAUGUUAAAACUUGAAAUGACAACGAAUAAGAUUUAUCAUUGCAUAAUGGAUAUUUCAAGAAGAUAGAAAAUAGGCACUACAACAUUAAGUACACUUUCAAAAAAAGAAAAUGUAAUAAUUCGUUGAUAUGUAAGUGCGUUAUCUACAGAAAUAUGCAUUCAACCUUAUACACUAAACAUAGCAUAUGGGACAUUUCUUUUAUCGAUCAAACUUCUCUGUCUGGAUAAAGGUUGAUGAUCUCACUCAAUUACCAUAGACAAAAGCUACACGAAACCAUCGAGAAUCAUUCAUAUAUUGCGUGUGGUGUGCCAACUAGUAUAAGUUGUAUAAUACUGUAUUAGAUUUUCAAAUGUCCUUUUAAACUAAUCUAUAGCUGCAUUGUUAAAGGAGAAGGUAAAGGGAGGUAACUGCAUUAUUCCUUUGUCUUCAAAACGAAAUAUACGUACACUGCCAUCAGUUUGUGUAGAUUAAAAUGAAGCGUUCUUGUUAUAAUGGAAAUGCUUUAUUUAAUGCUUCGACUAAAGCAUCAGGAGACCUUUUCACGAAAGAUUCUUACGAUUACGAAGUGGUUUUCACGAAAGCUUAUUUUUACUCAUACGAAAACUGAUACGAUCAUACUUACGAGUGGGUUAUGUGUUCUCGUAGAAUUAUGAUGAAUUUAGCACUUAAGAUUUUCGUAAGUUCUUUAGUGAAAACCACCAUAAUCGUAAAUUUACUCUAACGAUCAAAAUUACACUUACGAACUUUCGUGAAAAGGUCCACAGAUGACGUAAUAUUUCAUCAUAACGUGUUGAAAUCAUUUGUUAGUUAAAAACGGUUUAUGGCUUUUGAUGGCGAUGUGAAUUGAGUUUCGAUUUCUUAAAAGCACGACAGCAAUAAUCAUCAAGUCAUGUAGUCCAAAGCAAAAUGUUUAUAUGAUGUUUCUGUUUACAUCACAGAUGAGCGACAUUUAAAUAAUAUUGUGUAUCGUCGUAUUAAAAAAGUGUUUUGAUCUCAACUAUUGACAAAUAUAUAAAUUAAUUUUAAUAAAAUGUCUCAGUUCCAGAUGUUGUUUCUAAAAAUAGGUGUUUGUAUUUACAAAGUGGUUGGACAUAUUGUAGGUAGGGAGUUCAAACUGAACUAAGAUUUACACAUAACGUCAUAUACUUAUGUAUAUAUACUGUGCCAACAAAGUGCAUUUAUAUGUAAAAUUUGAUAAAAUUCUGUAUAUACCAUGGGGAAACUUGCAUUCUCUUUUACAUUUUAUUAGAAAUAAGAAAUGUGUAAACACGAACGAAAUCAACCACAAAUAUUCGAUGUAUUAUAAAUUGAAAAAUUCAAAUACACUAUGACUACUUGAUUCAGACAUGUAUAUUACACCAUGGUCGAAAUCUUCAUCAAAUGCUACUCAAAUCAGCUGUGAUAAAUACUUUUUUUUAAAGAUGUAUUAUUGAAUAUGGUUUUCUGUUAAAUGUUAAUUAAAAAGAAAUAUUUGUGUUCCAGCAGUUGUAAUUAAAAUCAUAUUGAAAAUA